AUGGACGCUGAAGACGCUCUCAAGCUCAUAAAAUUCGCCUCGACAAUCGCCACUGGUGUUAUCGCUGGAGGGGCGAUUUAUAUCAACGUCGUUGAACAUCCAGCAAGAAUGGAACUGGACGACGCACAAUCUUUGCAUCGACAAUGGCGGGAGAGCUUCGACCGAGCCAAGUUUCUUAUGGCGGGUACCUCGUUGCUUCCGAUAGCCGGCGGAAUUGCGGCGUUUGCUAUUGACCGAGCCAAAGGCAAACCUUGGUUAAUAACGGCAGGAUUGUUGGCGUUUAAUGUGCCGUACACUGGUAUAGCCAUGAAGCCUCGUGUUAUUGAACCUAUAUAUGACUAUGAAGUCGCUGGGAAGAAGGAUCCGGGAGAAAUCAGGGACACUGUUGAUAAAUGGAAUACUUUUCACAAGGUUCGCACUAUCGUCGAUUUGUCUGCUUUAGCCUGGUGUGUAUAUAAUCUGGUGUACAACUGAUCGACACUGUUAAUUGGUUUCACCAACGACAAGAUUGAAUGAAGAAGUGAUCACAGAAUGGACUGGUCCUCCAAGUUUUGGUCAAUAUUAAAAGUGAAUAUCGCUUUGAGGUUUUUUCGUUUCCACAUGUUAUGCGAAGAAUGAAGAUGAAUAACUUUUAUUUGGAUUAAAACAAUGGCUUGAUGAACAUAUCUGUGAAUAUUUCAUUUAAGAUUUUAUUUUGGCCUUUGUAUUGUAUAUCUGGUGUAUUGCAUAAUAUAAUUAUACAAAGCGCUCGCACUUUUGUCUUGGGUGGGUGGGAAGGGGGUUACGGGUGCGAUCAGGGUGUCAUAAUUUCGUGACUGUGACCUUCCUUUUCAUUAAACCUUUGUGUAGAUUGUUUAUUUCUCUUUUUUUAUUAUUUGGAUAUUUAUGUAGAAGGGAUUUGUGCACUUAUAAUCUUACGAGAAAAGUAGAGGCUUUGUAAGGCAACUACCACAAAACAUCUUUUUCUUUGGAAUUUCGCUCUAUUUCACUUGACAAAAACUUUCUCGAAUGUUAUGGAAGGUACGAUUCUUGUUUUUGCCAUUUUCAUGCAAUACUGUAAUUUUGACAAUAAAUCUCAUGAAAAAUUUAUCUGUUCUGCUUUUUGUUUGCAAAUUUUAUUAAAAACAAGAUAGUUGAAUGGAGUGACACUUUGUCUCUGUGAAUGGGUUUUCUUGUGAGCAAUACAAUGCAAACAACAGUAGUAAGAAUUCCACUUAGGUCUUUGGAAAAGGGGUUUGGGGUGGAACAUUCCUUCCACCUCCGUCUGCCCAUCUUAUACCCAGUACCCUCGGUCUCUCAUUUCUUGUAGCCCAUGCCUUGUGGACAUCCAAAGGGUUAGGGGAUAGGGAGGAAGGGGAAAAGGGAGGGGAUCACACUUUUCUCCCUCACCCCUCCCCCUUCCCUUUUUGCACCUACCACACAGGCUAAAUUCUAGCAUGACUCCAAGGCUUUCUGGUCAUUUUUCUAUACCGUAUAUCCUCUAUUAAGCUCCCCCUCUCAAAUAAGCCCCCUCCCCCUACUGAGCCCUUCCUUUUCAGGGAAAGAAAGUUAAUACAGUCCCCCUCUCUAUUAAGCCCCCCUUCCCCUCCCCUAAUUAUUCUUCACAAAUAAAUGAUAGAUUCUAUUAAUCGACUGAUCCGGGAUCGUUUUUUUUGCAACUGGAAAUUGGGAUCUGAUUCUGAUCCUUGCCUGCGUGACCUAAAACUUCUUGUACUUGAGCCUUUCCACUUUGAAUUCUAACUGAUACAAUCGUCAUUUCAAAGUUAAAUAAGCCCCGAUAAAAUUUGCAAGUUUGUUCCUAAAGCCUCGGAGUCAUGUUAGAAUUUUAACAUAUCGAACGUGGGCAGGAGCCUGACGUGGGCUAUUUCUACAAUUAAAAAAGAUACCAGUUGUGAGGUAUCGCGUGACUAGCCUAGCCGAUCUCGCAAGCUAUCGCGUGACCUAUUGUCUCGAGCCCAUGCGAGUGUGCGCAACAUUUAUUUGCGCAGCUUGCUUGAAGUAGCCUGGGUGUGCCUAAACUGUUUGUGUGCCUAUACUAUCCCAGCGAGCUAUCUUUUAAGAGAAAUACCAACAAAAUAUUCUUCUGUUCAGUAUGGGUUUAGACGCCGACGACUUAUUCUCGUGUCUGGAAGUUCUCUCCACUGUUGCUGCAGGUAUUUUUUCUGGCAGUGCGAUCUAUGUCAAUGUUGUGGAACAUCCGGCUCGUAUGACCCUGACGGACACGAAAUCAUGCCAUCGACAAUGGAUGGAGAGUUUUGAUCGAGCCAAAGUCUUGCAGAGCUGCUUGGCGUUAGUCUCCACUGUUUCCGGAGUUGGGGCAUACUACUGCAAUCCGAAGAAGGGACUGCCUUUUCUUAUCGGCGGAGGGAUAGUGGCGUUAGUUUUUCCUUACACGCUUUUCAUCCUCAAGCCAAAUUCCAUUGACCCCAUCUACGAUAAAGAUAUCACCUCUAAGAAGAGUGAAAGUGUUAUACGGGAUACCAUUGUCAAGUGGAAUAACUAUCACAUGGUUAGAAGCUUCAUCAGCAUGCCCGUUUUUGUGGGAUACGUCGUUUAUAUGGCCAGCAACCACAAGAAGUUUUGGUGA